AUGUUUAGCAAAAGCUCCAUUCUGUUCGCAUUCCUCGUUCUUUCCGCAAUUUGCGUUAAUCAAGUGAGAGCCAAUCCUGCUAUCGCCCAUGGCUACGAUACGUUAGAGAUUUGCUUGGAGAACUGCGCUCAGUGCAAGAAGAUGCUGGGGUCGUGGUUCGAAGGACCACUUUGCGCGGAAUCCUGUGUCAAGUACAGAGGCAGGCUGAUACCAGAUUGUGAAGACUUCGCAUCCAUUGCUCCGUUCUUGAACAAACUG